AUGUUGGAUGACAUCAAGAAGCGGUUUGAAUUUCCUAAUGCAGUUAUUCAGUCACAGGCAGUGGGUCAUCUGAUUGCUGCAGUACUGAAAGAAAAUGUUUCUCCAGAGAAGAUCAGGCAGGCGUCUGACCAGACUCCUGCUCUGAACUUGCUUUGGGAGAAGUGCUGCAGUGAGAAUGUUGCCGUGCGAACAGCCUGCUCUGAGGGGUUGGUGGCACUUGUUGCAGAGAAACAUGCUGAGCUCGACUAUGUUCUUCAUGGAGCUCUCAACCUAAUUCCUUCAGCAAGGNNUGUGCAUGGUUUAGUAAAAACCAUUUGGAAAUUACUACAAAUUCAAGCUAUUCAACUGGGAAAAGAUGGAGAUAAGGCUGUUUGGAAUCUGUACGGAAUCAGGAACACUCCUCAGCCAUUAAUCAGUGUCCUUGAAAACAGACCUGAUUGCUGGCCAGUUCUACUGCAGCAGAUAACAGUAUUUUUCCAUCAGUGUCCAGAGAGGGCACAGAGUUCAUGUGUUGGCAUAAUGGCUCCAUUUCUGAGAUACCUGUAUUGCGAACCAUCUCAGUUACGGGAAUAUGCUGAACUGCGAAUGGGUUUACUUAAGAUCUUACUUCAGCCUCAUGGUCCAAAGCACAAAGAAGCACCCUCUGUGCUGGAAUGCCAGAUUCUUCAACUUCUGUGUGAUAUGAUUCCACACCUUCAGCUUAAAGACUUACUGCAAGUUACAGAAGCCUUGUUUUUUCUGAAAGAGCUAUUCCUCAGCCUACUGCGCUAUCCUGUGUUUUGGAAAGUUCAGUUAUCCCAGUUUUGUCUGCAACUGUUAUGCUUCUGUGAAGUGUGUUUAAAUGUAACAGGAGAAUGCUCAUCUUUGAUCUCCUUAAUAGAGGACAACUUUGAGUUCUUAAAAGAGGUAUUUCCAGUGGAACAGUGUAUAAUUGGACUAGCGCUUCUACUGCUGCAAGCGCCAGAAAGUCAGCAAAAGUCUGUCUUGAGCCUAGCCUACAAGCUCCUUUCCUGUUCAGAAACCCAGAACAUCUCAACCACAGCCCUUACUUUGGUGAUGCCUGUGCUACAGAUCUUAUCUUCUACAACAGUUGGGGACUGCCUAUCAGAGGAUGAUUCUGGAACUACCAGGCAGCAGCUGGCUAUAAAUCUUUUGGGAAUAUUACAGGAGGAAGGUGUGAAGGAUAAAAAGGAAUUGGUGUCCUGCAAACUCCUUUUCCCCAUAACCAGCUCUUACAGCUCAUUGCAUACAACCUGGAAGAUCAUAAAGCUCAUGAAAGAGAAGUCUGCAGUUACUAACUGGUUAUCUUCAGUGAAAUCACUGCUACCUGUUGUAACUCAAGUCCCUACCCACGUUUUUCUUCUGCUGGCUUAUCUACUGAUCCAAGAAGAUGGAGACAGUCUUCGUGAUGUACUCCAGGCUACUACAGAAAUAGCGAAGGCUGAUUGUUCUCAGGUCCCAAAUCUGAUCCCCGUUCUGAUAUUUAAAUUGGGAAGACCUUUGCAGCCUGCACUUUACAGGGAUAUAUUGUAUACAUUGCCUACACUGGGUGUACACAAGGUUUGUGUAGCUCAGAUUCUACGUGCCAUACACAUGCUGGGGAGCACGCCAGAGCUCAGAGCAAUUACUUUGCGGCUGAUGACAUCCUUAUGGGAAAGACAGGAUCGAAUUUACCCAGAAUUGCAGAAGUUCUUGGCGAUGUCUGAUGUGCCCUCUUUGUCUGUUGACAAAGAUGCUCAAUGGGAGAAGCUGAUUGCUAAAGCUGCUUGUAUAAGAGAUAUAUGUAAGCAGAGGCCAUACCAGCAUGGAGCAGACAUGUUGGCUGCAAUUUCCCAGAUAUUAAAUGAAUGCACAAAACCUGAUCAAGCUUCACCUGCUGCCAUAGUGUUACAGGGUCUUCAGGCACUUUGUGAGGCUGAGGUUGUUUGCAUCCGUUCUACAUGGAAUGCUCUGUCACCAAAGCUGAGCUGUGAUACAAGACCCCUUAUUUUAAAAGCGCUGAAUGAAUUGUUUGCCCUGGUUCCCUCAUUAACAGUGAAUACAAAUGAAUAUGAGAAAUUCAAAGCUCAAGUUAUCACCUUCCUUUGGAACAACACACAAAACAAGGAUGCUGUUGUAGCCAUUUCGGCCUAUAAAUCACUCUCGUCAUUUGGCUCUGAAGAACAUACAAUUCUUCAUCUUCCUGAACAGGCACGACCAGAAGUUGACUCACUGGAGGAGGUAGACAUGAAUGAAGAUGAAGAAGAGGAGAAGGAGGCAGAUCUUUUUGUUCCGGGUUCUUCAUAUAUCAAGCUAUUGUCUCUAACACCAGCUUCUGUUUUAGGAGCAUUUGAAGAGUUUGCAACAUCACUUGUGAAACAGGAGAUGACCAAUAUGCCCCGUGGUGUGUAUCAUUCUGCCUUGAGAGGAGGGACCACACGCUCAGACCAGGGGAAGGCGAUGGCAGGUGUUCCAAACUUCUUGCUGAAAAUGUAUGAGAGGAACAAACAACCAGGCAUGACACCAGGUCUUGCAGCUGGCAUGUUGUUGUGUUAUGACCUUCCAGUCCAUAUGGGCAAAGAUGGCAAGCCUAUUAAUCGAUUUCUGGCCAGCAGGGGACGCAAUUUCCAGCAAAUGUUGGUAGCCCUCAUUCAUGAGGUUAACAUUCAACCUUCUGAAUGGCACCGCUCCAUACUGCUGCCACAGUCCUGGUUAGGAUUUAUGAGUCGAACCUACAGUGCAGUUCUGCAGGGGAGGCAGGCAGAGCUGGAGAUGCAGUUAAAACAUGGAAAAGAGGAUCCUGAAGAGGUGCAGCACAAACAGUUUACAGCCUGGCUCUGGGUCAGAGAUAUGUUGACCGAUGUCAUCAAAGGUGCUUCCAAAGACAGCCCGGUGGUGAAAGGAAACUCUAUUUUUGCCUUAACUGGUCUUGCAGUUGCUGUAGCCAAAUACGAAAGCAGCCUUUCCUCAGAUACUGAAGAGAUGCCUGAGACUGAACCUGAUUUUCUUCCCACAAAACACUGGAUUUCUAUGGUCACAGAGACGCUCUUUAGUAUUGUGCACAGCCGUUAUCACCCUAAAGGUCAAGUCUUCCCGUGGUUCUACCAGAAAUCCUAUUCGGGUGAAAAUACUGCUAGUAUUAUAGCUCGUUCCUGUGCGGCCACUGCUUUGUCUCUCCUCGUGCCAGUUUUCAUUGUAUCAUGCAAGGAGAAGGUUGAGGAGGUCCUGAAUUUGCUGACUGACAGGUUACCUGGGAAACCAAAUGCUGAUGAGUCUCAAGCUGUUCAAAUCCACAUGGGCCUUGGUUUGGGGAUGUUUAUCUCACAUUUGUAUGAAGAAAAAGUCAGUGAUGUACCCGGUCAACAGAUGAACUUAGUUCUAAUGAAGUCCCUGAAUGCACUGGAAGACUGCUGCUUUGACACCCGCCUGGAGUACAA